AAGCAACGCUCAUUUGGACGCCAGGUCUGCAAUGUCAUGGCGGCAGGCAGGAAUGGGCCUUUCAAUGGCAUCGGCGCAGGCGCAUCACAAGAUCGCCAGAUUUUCGCGCAGAUUAAGCCUAUCUGCGUCCAGCUGCUAGCGCUCAGUCGACCAGGACCCUCAUCGAAGUCACCUCAAAUUGCGGAUCAUCUCGCAACGCUGAGAGACACAUUGGACAAGGCCAGCGACCCCGUCCCUCUCCCUCCUCCGUUUAGCUGUGCCGACUCCUACGUCAUCCCAGUCUCGCCAGCCAACCUGCUCAGUCCCUCCCUCCUCAACUAUGUCUUCUUCCCAAUCUCCCAGCUCUUCCAAUCACAGCCCAAAGGGCCCCUUGAUCUGCCACAGCGGACGCUGCAAGAAGCUUUUGGCUGUCUCGAGGUGCUCUGUCGACAUUGGUGGGGAAGAUGGCAGGCUAUCAUCUCCCAGCCCUCAACAUCCAAGGCUCCGCUACCCGCAGGAGGGAAGGAGGCGUUGGACAUGUGGCGCCAGCUGCUCGUGCUAGGGGCGAUCAUGCUGAGUGGGCCGCCGCCGCAGAAGGGAGCGACAGACCCAGCGCAGCAUAACGUCACACCCGAAACUAACCUGGCUGUGCUGCGAUUUCUUCGCUCGCUGCUUGCUCCGAGAAGAGCAGAAUCCAGCGCAGAGAAGACAAAGGCGAAAGAAGCGCCUCCGGAAAAUAGCCAGGCGAAGCGGUGGGAGUGGGAUGGCGAGUCCGAGCUUCCCUCACUCGAAGAUAUGGACGACCUCGAUAACAAGCCACUGCCAUCUGCUCAGGACCAGCCGCUUUCGAAGCCAGUAGCCGGCGACGCUCCGGAGCGCAGCCCUUUCCUGUACCCAACACGAGGCCACUUGUCCCUCGCCUCUGCUCCUCCAGUCAAAUCGCCCCUUCUCCACGCCCUUACUGCAUCGCUCGAUACUCUAUCCUCUGCACCUAUCCACUCGUCAUCCAUACCGCUGCGAGCCAUGGCGCUUGAGGUGGCCCGAAUCAUCGCCGUCGGCUGGAUAGGCGCUAUGGAACCUCCUUCUCACGACACAACACCAGCUGCAGCCGCCAAGGCAAAAGCAGACCGCCUUGCUCCGCUUCUUCCGGGUGUAGUCAGUAAAGCCGUGCGCGUUCUUACGAUCGGCGAUGACGGCAAGAGGCUCAGUCCGACGAAGGUGCCGGGCGAGCUUGUGGCAAGGGCAAUGGCGCUGCUCAGGGACGUGAUUGUGCCCGUAUUGGAUGGUGAAGCUACCUUGGAGCUGCGUAGCAGAGAUGGCGGGCGUGAACGCAGAGAAGGGGCGGGUGAAGGAGAAGGGAAGGUGCAAAGCCUGGAAGAUCUCCUUGCUGGACUCAAUACGUCUGGCAAGGCAGACGAUGAGCCCGAGACAUUGCAAACUCCCGCUUCUCAAUCCGAAGCGUCAUCCACGCCAGACGCUCAGGCUAAUGCACAGCUGACGGCGCUCAAAGCGGCCCUCAACAACCUCACGCUCGCCUUUCGCUCCCUCAGCGCCGCUUCUUCACCGAGAACGGAGGCGAAAGACGAGGUGGAAGAUCUGGCCGCGCACACUCACUCGGCGGCACAGCUCGGCAUUGUCGUCUUUGCGGCUGGCGUACUAGAAAGUUGUGAUCAGACGUUGAGCUGGUUCUCUAGUGCAUCAACAGCGGGGGCGACAGGUUCAGGGGACGAAGAUCUGAGCUCCAUUCUGUUCCGCUGGAUCCUAGACCUCGCACCUUCGCCGGGCCCACCGGGCGCAACUUUCACGACUGCUGAGCGCGAAGCUCAGGCACGUCUUGAUUCCCUCCUCUCAGCCUCUCCUCGCGGCAACUCUGCUCUUCGCUCACUCGCUCUUGAAGCAGGCUCAGCUCUCAAGUCGCUCCCACCAGCCAUUCUCGCGCAUCGCAAUGCUCUGACCUCUCGUCUGGCGCACCGCGUCUCGGCCGUCGCAGCUGCGGCACUUCGCGCUCCCGCAUUGGCGGAAAGACUGGUCAGCGAGCCGGAGAUGGCGCAGAUUUGGGCAGAGCGGCUGGUGGAGUGCUUGGAGCUCGAUAAGCAGGACGGUGGCGGUGGUGUGGCCGAUGACUACGCCGAGAACGGCGACCAGGACGGCAGCGAAACGAUGGGCAUGCCGUCCCUGCGCCACCUCGAGCCCGCUGCGGCUCGGAUGCUGGGCGAGAUGCUACAAAGUUGGGGGCAGGUUUGCGCGAGCGCUUUGCUGGCUCGACUUGAGGCCUCAUCAGCGCGAACCCAGGGGAACUCCGCACCCUCGUCGUCACCAGAUGGUCCGCUUCACCUCCUCUACUGGCUGCUACAAUAUUCCCGCCGGCAACGCAAUCUCGCUCGCGCCCAGUCUGCUCGCAACGCUGAAGCAUGCCUUGCAGCCUUCUCAUCAUCUAUAGCUGCACUCUUCAUGCUGCGUCAACUCCUUUGCGGUGUUGCGAAAGAGCUCAACGACGAUCGGCUGUCACUGCUGACAGGCAAGGCGGGCAAGCGGGCUCGUAAAGCUGCCCACAAGCUUGCGGGCGACUUGAUCAGGGAGGUGCAGGAAGAUUGGGACGAGGAGGCGCAAGGUCUUGUUCUGACGCGGAGGCAUGGUCACGAAGACGCUGGACGAGAUGCAGUGCGCGCAAGGCCGCAGGGAGACAAGCAGGUGCAAGGGCCCAUGGACUCCCUCACCUCAGCAGGAGCCGCUUCACAUUCCCGUGGCUUACCAGCCAAUCCAACGUCUGCCGCUCUCGCCGAAAGGCCAGACAACUUCGGUCCAGCCCUCAAUCUGUCCUUCGUCUCGGCUGCCACUGUCGGCUCCUCCUCGAACGACAAGGUCAUCUCGUCUACAGCCGCUCUGCGCGCCCGCUUGUCUCACCAAGUCCAACACCUGCGCACUCUUCAACUCUCCCUUCUCCACCUUUCCUCUCAACUCCUCGGCCCCGCCUUCCAACCAAGGCUGCUGUCCACAAUCUACCCACUCGUCUCCGCCCUUACCCACCCAAGUCCUCUUGUGGCCGGGGAGGCCGGUAGGACCUUGAGUGGCAUAGCGAGAGCGACCGGCUAUGGAGAUUUACUGACCUUGGUCAGGGAGAAUGUGGAUUACAUCCUGGGCGAGGCGAGUUGGCGAUUGGUUGUUGGGCUAGGAAGGGAAUUGGAGUCUGAACUUGCUGCGCGUCCAAGAGAUCAUGACGUUGAUGCCGCAGGAUUCGCUCUCACUCACUACGGCGGCUCCUCUCUCUCCCUCACCAAUCACUCACGGCCCCUCCUCUCCUCUCGCACCCCUCCUCUCGUACUCACCGAAGUCAUGCGUCUCCUGGGGCCAAGCUCGCUGCAUCUUAUAGAGGAUUCAGUCGACGAAAUACUCGAUGCACUGGAUCGCUUCCACGGGUUUGACGAUGUGGCCGACGCAUUGUUGAUGGUGCUGGACAGGUCGUUGGAGGUGAUGGGCGAGGAGGCAGCGAGGGGCGGUCGCGGCGGGACUGAGGAAAGUCACACUCGACAAGCUAAGAAGGCAGAGAUGAGCGUGAAUCCGCGAAAGGACCUAGAAGCGCUCGAUGACUGGCUCGCGAAACGCAGGACGAUGCGGCAACGUCGCUCCAGCGGCGCCCCACGCGCAGAGACGACACGAGCCGACGUGCAAGAAGAGCUGGAGUCAGCUUUCGACAAGGUCGAGCAAGACGGCGGUGAAGACACAACGAACCCCACCGCCGCCCCUACGCCAGCCACGCGCUCGCAGCAGCUAUUGGUCGCCAUCCUGUCCAAGAGCCUGCCAUUCCUCUCUCACGCCUCAGCACUCAUAAGAGCAAGGGUGCUCAGACUCUUUACCGCAGGCACACGGCUCCUCGCACCACCUGGUGGGACUGACGGCGAAGGGAAAGGGAAUGAUAAGUGGCAACGCCGCGAGGAUCUGCUCCUGCCCCUUAUCAGCCGCGCCUGGCCUCUCAUUCUUGCACGACUAGGAUGGGAUGUCUCCCGCCCUUUCCCACCACACCUCAGCUCUACCUCCGACGCAAAUCAACCAUCGCUCGCGCGUCUCGAAGCGCAGCUCAGCGAACUUGAGCCCGUGGUGCAUCUCGCUGCCAUACACCUCUUGGAGGUCACGGCAAGUUGUGUGCCGGACUUCGUGGGAAGGAGAUGGGUCGACGAGGCUUGGCCGCGCGUGCGGAUGAUAUUGAGUUUGGCAGAGCACCGGCAGAGCGAACAGGGUGGGGAGAGAGCGCGAGAGGCAAGGACUACGCGGAUGACUCCGACUAAGGGGCUGGUCAACGCAGCCGCUGAUGGUACGGCAGACAUGCUGGCAGUCGAGCGGCAUCGACUCUUCAAGCCCUUUGUCCCCCAUACCCCGUUGUACACCCUCCUCGUCUCCACUCUCUCUGGCCUCAUCCCUCUGGUCUCCAACCUCGGCCCGGCCAUGGCCGACAAAGCGCUGUGGGAGAUGGUGACGCACCCGCUCAUCGUAUCUGCUUUAGAUGCGAGGCAGAAGGCAGAGCUAAGAGCGAAGGCGGUAAGGCUGAUGAGGGCAGCGAAGGGAUGUGAUGCGGCUGGGAGCGUUUGGGCUGCGUUGAGGGUGAUUGAGACGGGCGUGAUCGUGGGGAGAGAGGAAGGCCAAGGGAAGACGCUCGACGUAAGACUAGCUGCUGCUGAGAUUUUCGCGCAAUGAGCUACGAGAGAGACAAUGUCAUAGAUUGAACAAGAGGGCAUCGAAGGCCGUCGUGUGGCAUAAGAGUUGAAGCCCCUCAUCGACGAAAGAAGCUAUCGAGACUACGCUGGUCAGAGGCUCGCGGCCCGGUAGCCACUCUUCCGCCUCCUGCGUUCUUUUUCAUCCUCUUGCUGCUGUUCGCUUGCUCGUCUAGGGUAUCAUC